AUGGCCGACAGCGCCAGCGAGAGCGACACGGACGGCGCGGGCGGGCACGGCGGCGGCCCGGCCGCCAUGCAGUCGUCCUGCUCGUCGACCUCGGGCGCCGGCGGCGGCGGCGGGGGCGGCGGCGGCAAGUCGGGCGGCAUUGUCAUCUCGCCGUUCCGCCUGGAGGAGCUCACCAACCGCCUGGCCUCGCUGCAGCAGGAGAACAAGGUGCUCAAGAUCGAGCUGGAGACCUACAAACUCAAGUGCAAGGCGCUGCAGGAGGAGAACCGCGACCUGCGCAAAGCCAGCGUGACCAUCCAAGCAAGAGCUGAGCAGGAAGAGGAAUUCAUCAGUAACACUCUGUUCAAGAAGAUUCAAGCUUUGCAGAAGGAGAAGGAAACACUUGCUGUCAAUUAUGAGAAGGAGGAAGAGUUUCUCACCAAUGAGCUCUCCAGAAAGUUGAUGCAGCUGCAGCAUGAGAAGGCAGAACUGGAGCAGCACCUGGAGCAGGAGCAGGAGUUCCAGGUCAACAAGCUGAUGAAGAAAAUUAAAAAGCUGGAGAAUGACACCAUUUCCAAGCAGCUCACCUUAGAGCAGUUGAGACGGGAGAAGAUUGACCUUGAAAACACACUGGAGCAGGAGCAGGAAGCGCUGGUCAACCGUCUUUGGAAAAGGAUGGACAAACUGGAAGCUGAAAAACGAAUCCUGCAGGAGAAAUUAGACCAGCCCGUCUCUGCCCCUCCAUCACCUAGAGAUGUCUCCAUGGAGAUUGAUUCUCCAGAAAACAUGAUGCGCCACAUCAGGUUCCUAAAGAACGAGGUGGAGCGGCUGAAGAAACAGCUCAGAGCGGCUCAGUUACAACAUUCAGAGAAAAUGGCCCAGUACCUGGAGGAGGAGCGGCACAUGAGGGAGGAGAACCUGCGGCUGCAGAGGAAGCUGCAGAGGGAGAUGGAGAGAAGGGAGGCGCUCUGUCGGCAGCUCUCCGAGAGCGAGUCCAGCCUGGAGAUGGACGAUGAGAGGUAUUUUAAUGAAAUGUCUGCACAAGGAUUAAGACCUCGCACUGUGUCCAGCCCAAUCCCUUACACGCCUUCUCCAAGUUCAAGCAGGCCUAUAUCACCUGGUCUGUCAUAUGCAAGUCACACAGUUGGUUUCACACCACCGACUUCGUUGACUCGAGCCGGAAUGUCUUACUACAAUUCCCCAGGCCUUCACGUGCAGCACAUGGGAACAUCCCAUGGCAUCGCAAGGCCUUCACCACGGAGAAGCAACAGUCCUGACAAGUUCAAACGGCCCACGCCACCUCCAUCUCCCAACACACAGACCCCAGUCCAGCCGCCUCCGCCUCCACCUCCACCCCCUGUGCAGCCUGCAGCCCCUUCGCAGCCCAGCCCUUCGCCACACUCGGUGCACCCCUCCUCCCAGCCUUAAUGCAUGUGCUUGGCCUGAAUUUCCAGUUGGGACUCAUCCGACGGAGCCGCCUCCUCAACGCCAAAGGCUUCCCCCUGGCAUAUUGGAUCUGACUGAUUUGCACUGAGGUUAUCCAGGCUUCCCUCCUCGUUGCGUUGUAAAUGUUUGUCAGACACGCAGCCAGUGUUGUGGCUCUGCAACACUAACCAGGCGACUUCAGUUUCCAUCGGUGUUUUACUUGAAUCUACAUGUCUGUCCAUUCCCUGGCUGGAGCGUUUGCUAUUUGGUAUUUGGUAACACAGCAGCAGUGUGCAAUUUUCCCCUGGCCCCAGAGCUUCAUUUUCUUGGCUUUUAGGUUUGUAAAAUAGGAAGGGAUAUCUUUUUUACAUUUUUUCCAUGAAUCUGCAGAAAAUUACUGAGCUGUUAUUACCCCCUUCUCCAAUUACAAUAGUGUUUACGGGACAUACCAAGAACUCAGCACUACAGUUCAGACCUUUGAAAGGGUAGGUGUCCGUGUAGAGCGGGUAGAUGAAUCAGUGCCCAUGACCUGUCUCAGUGUUAGCAGCUUUCUACAGAUAUGCUUGUUACAGAUCGUUGUCAGUGGAAGUUGACGUCCAUGUCUCCUAUAAAACAUACUUCAAGAAACAACCCUCAUGGGUGUCUCGUCUCCACACACCUAGGAGGUGCCAUUGUUGCAUAUGCAGAUGUGAUUAAUCCUUUAUCCCUGGUGUCAUUGCACCCAAACUGCCCCCAUCUGAUGCAAGUGGAUUAAUACCAACAGUGGUUUUCAUGGCUGAUUUGAAUGUGCUCACUGACUUCCGCCACAGAGCGAUGUGACUGUCGGAACCAGUGUGAUGACCCCUUCCAUUCUUGCAUUCUCUUGAGGCAGAGUUUGAAGGUGCAGCAUGCUAUCGGGAAACUGUUUAAAAUGGACGUUAACUCCUGGCGCAAUGGCCACCAAAGCCUGUCCUGCCUGGCAGAGAGGAGGCAUGGCGAGCAGAGUGGUUUGUCAGCACUGGUGGUUGCCCCACUUUGCCCAAACAAGCGCAGAAGAAAACUCCGCACACAUUGGUUCCAUUCGUUGAGCACAAAUAAAUCCUUUGUUCCGCUGUGAAACGGAACAUGCCAGUCACUCUUUGCUUAAUACUUGCAACAUCUCUAUUUUCAUUUCUCAGCAGUUAAUUUUUUUGUGCUUUUGGUAGUAAAGUGCUUUUUACCACCUAUGUUUGCAUAUUUAUAUAUGCUGUGGAUGAAAAUAACUUACUAGAGAAUGUAUAUUUUAUGAUGAGAACGUGUAUCUGUUGGAUAUAAUCAGAACGGAAAAAUUAAUUUAUCAGUAAUUUUUAAGAGUUCACGUUUGUGACAACCCUCUCUAAUAGCUAACUUCUUAUCGAACACACUCCUGAAUAAUAAGGGACCGUGACAUUGUAGAUAUUUAAUAGUGUACAGAUAGAAACCUCCAUUUUUGCCUUUGAAUGCAUAUUUAAGAGUUAACAGAAUGAUAAAGAAAAGUGUUAUGGAUAAUAGUGUUUGGCUAGCAUUUUAAGUACUUGAGAGUAAAAGCAACAAUGGGGUCUUUUCACCUCUUCUUUCUUCCACCUCCCAACUGAGAACUUUUCCUCAGUUACUAGGAAGAAAUCAUCAGUUUAUAAAAAUGUUAUUUAUGAUGUAUAUGUGACAUACCAAUCCUAGCACAGUUCUCAGACAUGGUGGGAUGGGGGAGAAGCUUGACGCUGACUGCCAAGGCUCAAGCCUGGAGGUUUCUUCAACAGCUCACUGGCCCUCCUGGUACAUUACCACCCUAAGAAAUUAUUGUGAGACUAGGCAAAUCCUCCUUCACGGUACAGUUCUUGCUUUUUCUUACAAGAGAUACAUGUUUACAAGAAUCUUUUCUGAGACUGUAGAUUUCCAUGCUGUUGGCUAGUGUCUUUCUUAGGCUCAAACAGGAAAGUCCAUAAUGCUAUGACCUUCACUCACCUUCCCAGCUAUUGAGUUACCUCCAGAAAGCACGGCCUUAGAUGUAUCUAGAGACAAAAUUCUGAGUCUGUGGGCCUGUCACCCUGAAAGUGCCCUGUCUUGUCUGAUCUGGGAAGCUAAGCAGGGUCAAGCCUCAUUAGUACUUGGAUGGGAGAUGGGGUCUGGACAGUCAGACUUCUGCAAAAAUACACUGCUGGUUCCCCUAGCUGCAUCAUUUCACUUCAGAAUAAAACAUGGCUCCUUCCAACAGUUUUCUUAACAUAACCAGUUGCAUCUCUACAUAGAUCUUGAGAAUUGAGAACAAACACUACUAUUUUGAAAUUAUGAUGUCUCUUGUCAUUUGAAAAUGUUUUAUGACCCCCGUGUGGAGCCUGCAAAGCUUAGGCAGUAUAAGCUUGAACAAUUUCUUGUGCUUGCCUUGCAGCUAAGGACAGAUAAGACAUUCUAAGCCCGUAGACAGGAGCCUGCUUGCCUGUCGGAAGCCGAUCUGACCUGGGUUGAGUGCUUGCUUGUGGGGGCCAAGCACGGUCCCCACCAUUCUGAGGCCCGCUCUCCCGGCCCAGGCCUGGGUUAGCGUUGGUGGCCGUCCUUGGACAGGUGGGAACAGCACAGCUUCAGUAGCUACUCUCUGUCUAGGUGACAGAGACCUCGGGUACCACUCUGCUGCUAAUAGAUGGGUACUCUGUCCUCAGGUGACCAUGCCUUUAUAUUGAACCUAGGUCACCGAGUCCCUGCCACCUCUGGGCUCUGAUCUGCUUUUCUCAUCAAGCAUGCUGGCAUUCCAAACCGAGUUUUAGACACUUGGCAAGUGUGGAAGUCUUAAGAUUUAUUUCAUCUUUGUCAUUGGAAGGAGUUUUAAAUUCUGAGCUCCUGAGGUGCUGAUGAGCAACUAUGGGAUGAGUGUGUGAGACCAGAAUGUGGCUUUGGUACCAAGUGCUACUGCGGGUUCUGAUUCGACCAGAAAUAAUUGACAAUGUGAAUUUGUGUUGACUGUGUGUGUCCUUGCCUUAGGUAGAUGUGACUUUACCCUGCACGCAGCCUGCUUUUAGAGGGUGCCCAGUAAGGCAAGAGGAGGCAUAGUCACUUGUGCUUUGGAGAGCUUCAUGUUGUUAUCAGGACAGAAGAGAGCUUUCUGUAUAACUUGACCUUCUGUGUAGUACUUGUCUUUUAGAUUAACCCACACUGAGAACUUUGUAGUGAUGACUACCAAAGAAAUGCAUAGUCAAACAAACUUCUAUUUCCAAAUUAUUAAAAGAGCCAGCCAUUGACGCUGCUAUGUGAGCUUCGUGCUCAGGAGCCAUUGUCAGAGAGGUUAGGGGGUUUAGUGUUUUUUUUUAAGUUUAUCUCUUUUAUUUUUGAUAAAAUAUGUUAGCAUAAAGUUUUGGGGAGCAUUUUCCAGAACGCUCAGCAGUUGUGAUUAACACACCCAAGUUGCCUCUUGUUGGGCGAUUGAGCGACUCCUGUGUUCUGCUAGCACGGAUGCUGUGUGUGCACGUGUGCGUGUGUGCAUUCAUGCCUUAACUUGGGUUACUGCUCAACGUUAGUGUCUGACGUGGUCUGCACUGUGAUCUACAGUGUAUCGUACAUCUCGGGCUGAACUUCAUCCUGGCGCAAAGUUGCAGGCACGAGUUAAGACUGCGUUCCUCAGGAAGAAUGUCUGGCCAGACGGACCCUGAGUCGUCUUCACGGACUUUAUUUCAAACUUAGCCUGGAAGGAAAAAGUGGCCUGUCAAACGGAACACCGUCAACAAGGAAGAGAGGAGAGCCAAAUGCUAGCAUGCCUUUUGCCGCUGCGUACCCGUGCGCACUGUAUGUUGUCAUGGUAGCUUGUCUACAACCUGACUAGGUUGGAGUUCAAUCUUGACAUUCGUGCUCGGAGUUUAGAGAGAUGUAAGACUUCUGAUUACUGUCUUAUUUCCUUUAUGUUGAUUAGUCUUUGAUACAUGUGCUGAAUCAGAAACCUAAAUAAAGAUAAUUUUUUAAAAUGCA